AUGGACCAAGCUGGAGAGGAACGCCCACAUUUCGAGCACAUCUCCAAUCCAGGGAGCCUGUUUGGCUGCCAUCCUCAAAGCACUGGAUGGGGCCCUUCUAGCUGCGAUAAAGAAGUGCGGUCGGAGUGCUUGGCUGCCUUGGCUCACUUGCCGUUCGAGCCAAACGUGCGCCCGUCGCUCUUCUCCCACCAGCUCUUUCGGGCUUGUGACUUCACCUUUCAUGUACAGCAGGCUCGCUUUGCACGCAUUCACGCGCGUCACAGGGCUUUCAGCGAGUGGUCGGUGCAACCCACAAAUGAAUGGGCGGUGGAGGCCGAGAUUCCUCUGUCUCAGUUGUACAAGCACGCUGUGGAGAGUGGAAAGAUCAAGGUAAAGGAUUUGGCGUGGCGCGGUGAACUGCGCACGUACAACAAGCAGGCCGACCAAAUCCGCACGAAGCUGCCGGUGGCUCUUCAGAAUCUUUCGUCCAACUUUGACUAUUACUGGGUGACGACGCAGGAUGAUGAUCUUAUUAAGGAGCAGAUGCUCAACAGCUCAGAGCCAAUUGACGUUGCGGCCACGGACCAGGUGCUGGCGUGCUUGAUGGCAGCGCCUCAGUCCAAAUACUCGUGGCACUUGCACUUGACUAAGGUCGAGGGCAAAUUGCUUAUUGACAAAGCGAACGGCUCUAUUGUCGAUUUGCUGACGGUCAAUGAAACGGCGAGUGAACCUCCCAUGCAGGAUGCAGAAAACCGUCUUAACAGGCCUGCUGCACUCGGCUUCGAAGCGGUAAAAAUCAACCAGAAUCUUCGCCAGCAGCUGCUUGUCAAGGGCGAAGAGCCUGUCAAGUUCCCACCGCCACCAUUCGUGGAGACUGGAGACAACCCUGCAUCUAUUGCGUACAGGUAUCGUAUGUUCACAAUCCCAGGAAGGACAGCCGGCACAGGCGGCGGCAAAUCAAGACAGCCGAUCAACAUUGUCACCAGGACGGAAGUUAACGCUAAGCUGCCUCAGCCUGCCGAUGGGUCGCGGAAGCCCACUCCUGGUGACGACACGACGACAGGGGGCCACAACAAGCGCGAGAAGGAAGAUAGCGACCCAUUCGGAAAGGAUGGCGGCGGAUAUGUUUACAUUUGUGCCCUCAAUGAAUACGACAUUAAGGGUCAACGGAACUGGCGUGUGCAGAUGGAGACUCAAAGAGGAGCUCUCCUGGCCACCGAAGUCCGUAACAAUGCUUGCAAACUGAAGAAGUUCGUGGCUUCAGCCAUGAUGGCCGGUUGCGAUGACCUCAAGCUUGGAUUCGUUUCAAGAAAAGCAAACAAUGACAACGAGCACCACGUCGUGUUGAGCGUGCAGUCUUACCAGACGCGGGAUCUGGGUCUGCAAAUCGGUCUGAAGCCGGAUAACGCCUGGGGUAUUGUGCGGGCCAUUGUCGACAUGGUGAUGGAGAAGCCCGAUGGCCGAUACGUCUUAUUGAAGGACCCCACAAAGCCAGUGAUGCGGCUGUACUCGCGACCUGAAGAGGAGGACGAGGACGCAGAGGAGGAGGAGGAGAAGGCAGUAGAGCCCAGGACCGAAGAACGUGAGGCGAAUAGAAACGAGGAGGAGUGA